UAAUUUAAAUUUUGUAUAAGAUACAAAAAUCAUAUCCUCUUAAAUUUUAGAAGUAUGCAAUUGCUAGAUUGAAUUUAACAUCUUAAUUUGUUUUGGAUUCUCCCUAAAAAUGAAAUGAAGAUUAUUACUUUCUUGUUAUGGCAUGCAUUCUUUCUGCUCCUCUUCCCCUACAAUAAUGGGGUUAUCAUACAAGCUUUGAAGUAUGAUUAUUCAGCAACUACAGAGUGUUUGGAGGAAGCUUGGAAAGUUCAAUAUGGUGGAGGGAUCAUACAAAAUCCAGAAUUCGAUGAUGGUAUUGAAGAAUGGACUGUUUUCGGGCCAGGGAAGAUCCAAGAAAGGGUAACAAAAAGUGGGAACAAAUUUAUAGCAGCUAUUAACAGGACACAUCCUUCUGAUGGCCUUUCUCAGAGGGUUUUGAUUGAGAGUGGAAAACUUUAUGCAUUUUCAGCAUGGAUACAAAUAAGCGAGGGCAGUGAAAUUGUAGCUGUUAAAUUUAGAAGCACUUGUGGUAAAUAUCUCCAUGGCGGUACUGUCAUAGCCGAGCAAGGAUGCUGGAGCAUGCUUAAGGGUGGCAUCGUUGCAAAUUUUACUGGCACGGUUGAUUUAACUUUUGAGACUAAUAACACAUGUGUUGAAGUUUGGGUUGAUAAUGUAUCGUUGCAACCGUUUACUAAGAAGCAAUGGAGAUUGCACCAAGAAUCAACCAUUGCAAAGGUGAGAAAGCGUAAGGUGAAAUUUCAAGUGACAAACGAAAAGAAGGUAGCAGUAAGAGGAGCAAAGAUUACUCUGAAGCAAACAAAGGCAGGCUUUCCAAUAGGAUGUGAAAUGAACCUGAAUGUCUUAAAUAGUACUAAGUACCGAGAUUGGUUUAUUGCCUCAAGAUUCUCUGUCACUGCUUUUGGGAAUGAAAUGAAAUGGUACUUCACAGAAGAAAAGACGCGAGGAAAAGAAAACUAUACCAUUCCUGAUGCGAUGCUAAAAUUUUGUGAGCAGAACAACAUUGAUGUUCGAGGUCACAACAUCUUUUGGGACGAUCCAAAGUACCAACCCACUUGGUUAAAUCUCAAUAUCAGCUCAAAGAAGUUGGAAAAACUAGUUGAAAAGAGGCUGAAAUCGGUUGUUUUAAGGUAUAAAGGGAGAUUGAUUCAUUGGGAUGUUAUGAAUGAGAACUUGCAUUUUAGGUUCUAUGAGAAUAAACUUGGUAAAAAUGCUUCAGCAGAGAUCUAUGCUAGAACUUAUGAGCUUGAUCAAAAGCCGAUUUUGUUCAUGAAUGAUUAUAGCACGAUAGAGGAUAGCGAAGAUGAAGAGUCAAUGCCUGCAAAGUAUGCCAGAAAGUUGAAAAGGGUUGUUUCAUAUUACAAGGAAAGGAGUAGUGGUAAUAAGAUGUUGCCUAUGGGAAUAGGGUUAGAAUCGAGGUUUGCUCCUGGUCAGCCUAACUUUGCUUACAUGAGAGCAGGAAUAGACUUCUUAGCUUCAAUGGGAUUCCCUAUUUGGCUUACUGAAGUCUUUGUUGAUAAAGGCGCGAACCAGGCAGAGUAUCUAGAGGAAGUUUUGAGGGAGGGAUACUCACACCCUGGUGUCAAAGGAAUUGUGAUAUGGCCCACUUCGCCGUUCAGCAAGGAGUGCAAGAUGUGUUUGAUUGACAUUGAUCAAGACUUUAAGACCACACCAACCGGAGAUGUAAUUGAUAAGCUGAUCGAGGAAUUGUGGAGCUCGAAACCAUUGAAGAUUUCAACCAAUGGACAUGGGUUUUCUGAAGAAGUAGUGUUGCUUGUUGGGGAUUAUGAAGUUACUGUAAGGCAUCCUGAAUCAAAUUCUUGUACUAAGUUAAAACUCAAGGUUACUGAAGAUGAAUCAGCACAGUUUGUGAAUGUUCUACUAGACAAGAAUGAUGCAUGUGUUCCCAAUAUUAAUAACUAAAUUUGGAAAUUUGAAUUGUAGACAUGUUGCAAUACUCGCAAAUAACAAGUAGAUGUGUUUUGCAGUUUUGUCUAUUAUUAAAACUAUAGCUACAUAUUGCAUAAAACAACUUGCAUGGAAGCGGUCCACAUUUUUAGUACUAGAACCGAGAAUAUUUCAACCCAAGUAAAUUCUACCCAAACGAGUCUUGCCUAUAAUUGACCCAAUUGUGAUCAAAUUGUUGUGAUGUGGAACUCAAUAGUCACCUAUAAUGAAAUUGGU